UAGACUGUAAUGUUGUUACGUUUUAGGCUAUUUCAGGUAUAUCUCGUUAAUGCAAGUAUCUACCCAAAAAAAGACUGAAAACAGAUAGUUGCGAUGAAGUUAAAUGCAUUCUUUUCACUAUCUAACAUGGGUAGUUUAAACAUAAGUAAUAUUGAAUGCGUUCCAUGUGUGCUUAUAUCAGUUGAAGUGACUAAAGAUCACUUUGAAGAAUACAUGUUAAACUGAUGCCAAUAGUUGAAUUUCCGUUUACCCUGAUGGCAUCAUUUCAUCCUCUUCCGGUUCUCUAAGCGGGAGGUUCAAAUCCUCGUAGUGUAAAUGCUAACUAUUCAGGUUCGUUUUUAACACGGAAAACACAUUUUAAAUAAGUUUGUGUUUCAGGCUAGCCAUAAUGUCGGCUGAGGAAAGGGGCUUCCCUGCACCCACAAAGUUCGGACAGUGCACCUACACAGCAGAGGAGUACCAGGCUGUCCACAAUGCCUUGCGACAGAAACUGGGACCAGAGUACAUCAGUACCAGAAUGGCAGGAGGAGGCCAGAAGGUGUGUUACAUUGAAGGACACCGUGUCAUUGGCCUGGCCAACGAGAUGUUUGGGUACAAUGGAUGGUCUCACUCCAUUUCCCAGCAGAAUGUCGACUUUGUAGACCUUGUCAAUGGGAGGUUUUACGUGGGAGUCAGCGCCUUUGUCAAAGUGCAGCUGAAGGAUGGGUCGUUUCAUGAGGACGUGGGAUAUGGAGUUAGUGAGGGCCUGAAAUCUAAAGCUCUGUCUCUGGAAAAAGCCAGGAAAGAGGCGGUCACUGACGGCAUGAAGAGAGCACUGAAAUGUUUUGGUAAUGCCCUCGGAAACUGCAUCCUCGAUAAAGAAUAUCUUCUUGCCAUUAAUAAGAUCCCCAGACAGCCUCCAGCACCUUUGGACCCAGCAAAGACUAAGCGUUCUGAAGGCGAACCGUCAAUCGAGAAGGCCCGGUUCAGCAGUCUUGGCCGAGAGGAGAAACUACUAUGUGCAGCGGGUUCUUCCAGGAUGCCACUAGAACCCAGAGUAUUGAACCAGAAUCAGUCUGAACUUCACACACCGAGUGCUGCCAGCUCUGUUCCCAACGUAAAGAGUGAGGAUGUCAGCUCCAGAUCUUUUGGGUCAGAGGUGCACACAGACCCUAAACACUUACGAAAACUCAGACAGCAGGAACUUCAGCAGAAGUUCAAGAAGGAGAUGGAGGCCAAGAAGCUCCAGCAGAACCUGGAUCAAGUCAAGACAGAGGAGUCUCCGGCACCUGGUGAACGGCGAUCCUCUGGAGGUCACAGCGGAGAGUUGAGGUCCAGCGAGAGCAUCUCUACUGAAAACCAUCCCAGCAGCAAGGACCCAUGUUUAGCAGACGAUCCCGAGCUCUGGGAUUUCACUCUGGAUGGGAUUGAUGAGCAGAACAUUCCAGCGUGCGGCUCGUCUCCCAAAGGUCUCACGCCCAGCACUCCCAGUAAUCACCAGAUGCAGACUCGCAGUAAGACGCCUCAGAGAGCUCCAGGCAGACCUUCCGGAUCUUUGGUGGACAACAUGGCACACAACCAGGCUCUGUACAGACCCCAGCAUCAUCAGGGAAGACCAGGUGAAUACAGUCCACACAGAAACGGGCAGCACAUGAAGAAACGCAGACUCGACACGUGAGAGCUUCAGUCGCUGAUCGGAUCUUGUUUUUUCAAUAAUACAUUCAUGUUUUCACUGUUAAUGGGUGCUGCAAUGUGUUUUUGGUGAAGACGUUACUCGUUUUAUUUCUCCCCUGAAAAAAUAAAAACAAUUUGUAUAUAGAAACAGAA